UUUUAAAGCAAUUUACUUCUUUUACAUAUAAGAUUCAAAGGCGCCUCUUAUUUAUUUGGUGCGGCAGUUGCACACAAUAUAAUUUAUCUUUUGUCGACACUAACAGAAGAGUAAAGGUGUUUACAAAGUUCAGAUUACAAAAUGGAGACAUGGUUCAUCACCUUGGUUUCUGUAAGCAUAUGUUUGCUUAUUAGAGCUACAUUAUCUCUGUUAACCAAAAACAAAAAUAACAUAACCUUACCACCUGGCCCACCAUACAUCCCCAUAAUCACAACCCUCCAAUGGCUAAGAAGACCAUUCACCCAACUCGACCCAUUUCUCCGAACCCUCCCCACAAAAUACGGCCCAAUUACAUCUCUUCGAGUCGGUCCCCGCCCAAUCGUUUUCAUCUCCGACCGAACCCUCGCCCACAACGCCCUAAUUCAAAAUUCAUCCGUUUUCUCCGACCGCCCUAAAGCCCCUCCCACCGUCAAAUUAAUCUCAAGUAACCAACACAGCAUCAAUUCCGCUUCUUACGGUGCCACGUGGCGCACUCUCCGUCGUAACCUCGCUUCCGAAAUGCUUCACUCGUCACGCGUUAAGUCAUUCUCCGAAAUCCGUGAGUGGGUCCUACAUACACUCCUUAACCGUCUCAAAAACUCUUCGGAAACAACGGAUUCCGUUGUAGUCGUUGAUCAUUUUCAAUACGCAAUGUUUAGUUUACUUGUUUUCAUGUGUUUCGGUGAAAGAGUUAACGAUGAGAAAAUCAACGACAUCGAGCGUGUGCAACGUGCACUUCUAAUAGGACUCAACAAAUUCAACAUACUAAAUUUCUUUCCUCGAUUUUUAGUCCGUAAACGUUGGGAGAAAUUGCUGAAGUUGAAGAAAGAUCAAGAAGAUGUUUUACUUCCGUUGAUAAGAUUGAGGAAGGAAGCAAAAGAAAGUGGAUUGGGAAAUAACGUUAAUAGCAGUGUUGUUUCUUAUGCUGAUACUCUUUUGGAAUUGGAGUUGCCUGAGGAGAAACGAAAGCUGAGUGAAGAUGAAAUGGUUAGUCUCUGUUCGGAGUUUUUGAACGCUGGUACGGACACGACUUCGACGGCGUUGCAGUGGAUCAUGGCGAAUUUGGUGAAGUAUCCGGACGUGCAACGCAAAGUUGUGGAGGAGAUUACAGAGGUGAUGGGUGGCGACGAGAUAAGAGAGAAGAAGGAAAUAAAAGAGGAAGAUUUGCAUAAACUGCCGUAUCUGAAGUGUGUGAUAUUGGAGGGAUUGAGGCGUCAUCCACCGGGGCACUUUGUGUUGCCGCAUGCAGUGAAAGAGGAUGUGGUUUUUAACGGUUAUUUAGUUCCUAAAGAAGGUACGGUGAAUUUCAUGGUGGCUGAAAUGGGGAGGGACCCAAGUGUAUGGGAGGAUCCAAUGGAGUUUAAGCCAGAGAGGUUUUUGAAGGAUGAGACGUUUGAUAUUACGGGAAGUAAAGAGAUAAAGAUGAUGCCGUUUGGAGUUGGGAGAAGAAUUUGUCCCGGUUAUAAUUUAGCUUUGCUCCAUUUGGAAUACUUUGUGGCUAAUUUGGUUUGGAAUUUUGAUUGGAAGCUUCCAGAGGGAGGACACGUUGAUUUGUCGGAAAAACAAGAAUUCACCGUGGUCAUGAAAAAUCCAUUACAAGUUCAUAUUUCUUCUAGGAUCUAGGUAAGAUCAUAGAGGACAUACAUAGUCUGGGGUCACUACUUGCACACGUUUAAUUACUCGGUGGUAAUUAUAAUAAUCGGACGGGAAAGUAAAAUGCACCAUGCAUCAAGUGUAAAACCAUCCUAAAUUUUCUUCUUUAAAGGAUAUGAAACUCAACUUCGAGUGAAAACACUGAAAA